GGAAAGGAUAUGUAAUUGGUUGUAUUUCAAAUCUUUGCUUAAUGGUCUCUAAAUGAUAAAAAUAAGGUUAAUAGAAAAAGAAGGAAAUUGGUUCUCCUAGUAAACUGGCUGAAUUGUGAAAGUCAUGGGGGCUCAAGGCAAACCGUUUGUAAGCUCUAGUGUUUCACUUUUGUACACAAGCAUUUGCUGUACUUUGCAAGGAUGGGGGGAAAGGAUGGAAAGUGGGGCAAAAUUUUUCAGAAUGUAAAUCUGGUGAAUGUUAAUGUACUUAAUUUGAAAAAGGAAAGAUGAACUCGAAAUAUACAGGAGAAGAACAUAUCGUUAUGUUAAGGCAAGGGUUGUGCAGUGCGGAAUCUAUUUAGCCAGCCUACAGCAGACAGUUGUGGCUUAGGUAGUAGGUGGGUUGUCCAUUGAUCACAAAUUUUGCAAAACUUAUGAUUUUCAGUGUGGUUGAUUGUUAUUUGAAGGUUGUUAUUGUUUCACAUCACAAACGGUAACACGUAGAUCGAGAUGGGGAAGGAAAAAAAACAGAUAGUAGCGGCCAAUGAGAGGCGUAUACCUAAAUCCCAGUGGAAUGAACUCUGGAAGUUGACAGGCCUGAAGAUGGAAUGGGACAUUGUUCUGUCUCUGCUUGACAGAUGCUGGGGGCUGGUCCAUGGCUGUGAGUCGACUGGAUGUAUUUUACAGAAGACUGCUCCUCACCAAACUCUUCAUUGGGGGAUGGGGAAAGCCUGAAGACCUCAAGAGAAUCUUUGAGUUUCGUAAGAUCAUUGGAGACAGAGAGAGGUGUAAAUCUCUGGUACCUAAGGACUAUCCAGUUUACAUAAACAAGACAGAGGAUCUCACUGACUGUCAGAUCCACGAUGGGUUCUUUAUGUCUCCUCUGGAACACUUAGUUCCUGGAAUCCUGCCACCGGAGGCUGUUAAAGCCAGUGUGUGUUGUUUCAGGUUCCAGUUUAUAGUUCCCAAGAAGUGGCAGAGGAACAGACCAGUAUGCAUCCACUUAGCUGGGACUGGAGACCAUUUUUUCUGGCGCCGCCGGACCCUGAUGGCCAGACCCAUGAUCAAAGAGGCAGGAAUGGCUUCACUGCUUCUGGAGAACCCUUAUUAUGGCUAUCGUAAGCCCAAAGACCAACGGCGCUCCAGUCUAAAGAAUGUUUCCGACCUAUUUGUGAUGGGAGGGGCUUUGAUUCUGGAGUCAACGGUUCUUCUCCGUUGGCUGGAGAGAGACGGAUACUGGCCACUUGGAAUGACUGGCAUCUCCAUGGGAGGAUAUAUGGCGUCCCUGGCAGUGACUAACUGGCCAAAGCCCAUCCCUUUGAUUCCAUGUUUGUCCUGGUCCACUGCCUCCAGUGUGUUCACCACGGGUGUGCUGAGUAAAGCAGUGAACUGGACAGAGCUGGAGAAGCAGUAUGCAAUUAAUUCAGUGUAUGAAGAGGAGAUUAUUAAGCUGUUGGAGUACUGUGGGGCUGAUUCCUUUAAGAUGAUGCCCAACCUUCUGAAAAAUGUGAACUCUUUAGAGCAUCUGCUAGGCCUGUCUGGAGAUCAUGAAGUAUCAGUUAGUCAAUAUUCCAAAACACAAAUGGAAGCAGAGGUUGAUGGAGGCCUUCAAGGAUACAGGGCUGGAGAGAGAGAACAACAAUUAUCAUCCGUGAACAGCAAAGGAACAAGCUUGGACACUGUAACCAGAAAAUGUGGUGCACAUAACUCACACUGGAAAAAGACUCUCUAUCGGCCAUCAUUACAUAAAGAGUCAAUAAGCUUCAUGAAGGGAGUGAUGGAUGAAUGUACACACAUGGCCAACUUCUCCGUUCCUGUAGACACUAGUCUCAUCAUUGUGGUCCAGGCUAAAGAGGACGCCUACAUUCCUCGAACAGGUGUCCUCAGUCUGCAGGAGAUCUGGCCAGAAUGUGAAGUCAGAUAUCUGAAUGGAGGACACAUCAGUGCGUACCUGUUUAAACAGAAUGUCUUCAGACAGGCCAUAUAUGAUGCAUUUAACAGAUUUUGCCUGAAGUAUCCCAACCUGCAUUAGCCAUGGGAUGCUGAAGCUCUUUCCUUCCUGUGUGAGAUCCAGGACCAGCAGCUGUAAGAAAAAGCAACGUCUCCAAGCCCAAGUAUGUAGUAAAGCAGUACAGAUGUCUUCUUCUGUGACAAGACACAUCUGAGACUUACAGAUUCUACAUAAUUAGGUGUCAAUUGAGCACAAUCACUUUGCCAUUAUUUGUAAUUUCUGCUGUUCUAAAGGGAAGUGUGUGCCCCGGUGCACCCACAGAACUGUAGGUGACUGAAACCGUAGCAGUGUCUAAAAUGCUGUGUCAUGUUCCUGCAGACUGUAGGCAUGCACUUUGCAUGGCAGCUUUGUUGAAACUGGUGUGUGAAUGAGAAUGGGAGACAGUGUGAGAACAUUUUUCCUAUAAAUAAUUUGUUUUAUCCUUUAUUUCUUUUCAGCAUUAAGUCAUGGUCAAUAUUAUUUGCCUUUUUUGACAGGAAUUUACUGGAAAAGACUUGGAUGUCAAAAUAUCAAAUCAGUAUUUAGUAGCUGCAGUUAUUUCAAGUUCAGCUACUAAUUCUCAGUUGGAUUGACAACUGAACGAUUGUUGGGCUACUCCAGAAAAGCCCCCUAGUUGUCUUUAAGCCUUUUCUGUGUAGGUGUGACUGCAUGCAUCAAGUAAUGGUCUGCUAGAAAAGAGAUUUUCUCCUGAAUCAAUCCUGAAUCUCCCAAAUCACAGUUCUCUUGCAGACUGCAUCAGGUUGUCAUUCAGGAUUUCUUCCUUGUUUGCUGCAUUCUUCUCCCUCUGCUGUACCUUUACAAGCCUACCAAGCCUGCUGCCAAGAAAGAGUCCCAUAUUUUGAUGCUUCACAGUUGGGAAGGUGUGUUUGUGAUGGCGUGCAGUGUUUGGUGUCUGCCAAACGUAGUGCCUAGUCUGAUGACCAGAAAGCUCCAUUUUGAUCUCAGCACACCAAAGAAUCUUCUUUCACUUCAUACUUGCCUUCCAGUAAAGAUGAGUGUUUUUACUUAGCGUUUUUUUCAUCAGUGGUUUUCUCUUUGCCACUCUCCCAUAAAGCUUUAACUGAUAGGCCACAGUUCUUGUAUGAGCAGUCUCUCUCAUCCAAGCCCCCAAAUGUUGUUUCUCCUUAAGAGGAGAACCAAGAGGUGUCUUGGUGGCCUUCCUCACUAGCCAUUGGCUGACUUACAUGUGUGCCAUUUUCCUUCCAUUUCUUCAUGAUGGAACUGUAGUCCAAGGGACAUUCAGUGCAUUGAACAUUUUCUUGCAUCCUUACCCUGAAAUACCUUUUACAUUGUUGGGAAGGUUUUGCAUGAUGCAUGCAGGUGAAACCCAUUUUAUUAAUUUUGUGACCUCUGCACAAAUGGGAUGCACCUGUGUUAAUUCUGUUUUCACUCUGAAAUUAAGGAGCCUUUUCUUGUAAAUUCUUGUCAAAAAAGUUGAAUUAACUGACCAUGAUUCAGUGUUAAAAAGCAGUACAAGGAGAAAACUUCAAAAGGAGUGUAUAUUUUAUAAAGGCGCUGUACGUGGCAACUAUUUACAAAGUUCAACAGAAUACUUAUAGAGAAAUAUGGACUUUUUUUAAAAGUAAAAUUCAAUCACUCUUUCCUGCUAAAUUUGGAAAACUGCUGUAGACAGCAUGAAGUCAGAUUGUGUUUGUAGAAAGGCUGUGUGGCUGCACUGUGAACACAUCUAUGUUGUAUAGAUUUAUACAGCAUAGAUCUAUACUAACAGAUCUAUGCUAUGUUGUAUUUCUGUGAACAGAUCCACUAGGUGAUCCUAUGUUGUAUUUCAGUCAAAGCUGUCAUCCAGUGAACCAGGACUGACUCUGACAGCGUAGGCAGUGCAUCAUUUUUUUCUUUGAAACAGCAGAAGGACACAUCUGACAUAUUGUUGCCUUCAGAAGCUUUCCACACUUCUCUAACUGUAUGCUAAUCUUUACAUUUUUAUGUAUUAUUAAUUUGAGCUGGGACAGGCUGUUAGAUUUUAAAAGUAAAUUAAUGUUUAUUACAUUUUGAGAUUUAGUUUUCUUUUUUAGGCAUGUUUUUAAAUUUUAAAGUUUAAUUGUUGCUCUUAAGUGCAGUAAGAUACAAUCUGAACUUCUGCAGUAUAUCAUCUCACAACUGCUGUGAAACUGAUAAAAACUGAUGCAGACUAGAUGUGCACAUUAUGGUUUACACAACCCAAUCAGAUAUAUUCCUAAAUAAAUGGAAGCCACUGGCAAUUAGCUGUGAUGUCAUAACAGUGUAACUGUUUUGUGCAAUACUGGAUACAACACACAGUCACCAGUAUUAAUUAUUCUAGCAUUUGGUCCCCUGUUUGUCCUCACACUGUUUAAUAUUUACCCUUUUCAGCAGACGGUUUGGCAUGUCGUAGCAGAACAAACAAUUAGUCCUACUCUUAGUUCCAGUAAGCGUCUCACUAAUUCAUAUGUGUGGUUUGAGCUUAAUGUUCCUUCAGCAUUAAAGUCAUCUGGUGUAUCUGUACAUCCACAGGCAAGCAGCAAAAUAAGUUCAGCAUGCAUUUAAAGUUGCCAUUCAUAAAUAAAAUAGUACUAUCUAGCUUUUUCAAGGGUUUAAAACAUGCUGCACUGCUGUCACACUCUGUUGUCUAUUUGUUAACCGUGCCAUGGUUUGCUGACAUUUCAGCAAGAACCUUGUUUAUUCUUAUCUAUACACAGACAGCAGUUAAAGGAUGAGUCUAAUAAAAACAUCUGUUAUUCAUUGGACUUUAAAUGUAUGUUUAAUGAGGUACACAGAUUUCUGUGAUUUUGAGUAGAUUUUAAAAACCAUCUACACUAAUGAAAUGGUGCUACAGAUACAGUGCACACUGCUGUACAAACUGAACAUCUGUGUAAUGCAGUUUCAGGAGGAUUGACGGCAACAAACAGCUCCUUCAGUUUAUCAGGGAUACCAUCUGAAUCUCUCUUUUGUGUCAUGUGCUGUCAGUGUCAAAGUGUUGACAUCGUGAUUCAGCUGCAGUCUCCUACUUCCUCACACGCGUGUCUUUGGCCGGUACUGUGCCUUCAACACCUCAGAAAAUGUCUUGUAUCAACUUUUAUAUGUCCCUUUGAGCCAAACCGAGGAAAAACUGAGAGUUAAAGUCUCUCUCAGACAUAGAGUUUUUAAAAACUGUGUAUUUAUCAAAGUGACAUUUUUGUUUAUUCCCUCCAUAAAAUAGUCCCUUCCUAACUUAAUAUUGCUUACAUGUUACUCUGUACUGUGGCUUCCUCCAGAUGAAUGGAUAAGUAAAGCGAAAAAUGAAUCAUUUGGAUUGAGUGAUUUUUAAUUAUUCUAUAUUUUUUCAUGAAUAAGUUUCUUUUGGCUGGAAAUGACAUAAAAGUGACAACAAACAGUGAGAUGUUGUGUCAGACAUGUUAAUGAUGACUAUGAACUAUUUCAAUGUUGUUGUUUUUUCUUAAAUCUUUCUAAAAAUGUAAUGUCCAACGUUAUUCACCACAGCUGCAAUGAAACGCUUUUUCUGUUUGCUAACAAGCUUUGUGGGGUUUUGGACCAGUCCUCUUUUGCAACUAGCUUCAAGUCUUUGAGGUUGGAAGGCUUCCUUGCCUGUUUGUUGUGUUUUGUUUGUUUGUUUGUUUGUCUGUUCUUUGGUACUGUCAUGCAAGCUGUGUCAUUACUUUUUUCAUCCAAAACAAGCCAUCCAAGCAAACACUUUUAAGACUUUAUUGUCUGAGAUGCAGCGUUACUUUUUUUAAUCCUUUGUCCAAUUUGCAUCCCUGUCUCAACAUCUUUCAUAAGUGUUUACCUUUCCUCUUGUUUUCUCCUGUGAUUAGGACAAAUCUAGAGAGAAUGGGCCUUCUGGGGAAGGUGACUCGCUUGCAGGGUAGCAAAACCCCAAUAAAAGACUGAGUAUUUACAAAAAACCACAAAGUAUGUACACAUGACUGAUGAUUUGUUCUAAACAUGCACGUUGAUGAAUAAACUUUUGAUGAAAACUG